UGUGUUGUAUUCCUAUUUUUCGUUAUUUUACGAAAUUUCACUGACGAAUCAACUAAUAUAGCUCCUAAAUUCCUGGAUAAGCCGAAGAUUAAGCAGGCUGGAAAAAACGUCAUCUUUGUAUGCCUCUUACAAGGUAAUCCGCAGCCCGAGAUAAGCUGGUUGAAAGCUGGAGUGGCCAUCACUGAUGGUGGCCGCUUUAAAUUAUCCUGCGUGCCAAGCGAGAACACCACUUUCACAUUAUCCUUAGAGAUCAGCCAGUUGACGACUUCAGAUGGUGGUGAGUACAAUGUCUUGGCCAAAAACAAGUUUGGUGACUCAACGGCAACCAUCAAUCUAAAUAUUGGAGCCCCAAAACAGCCUACAGGAAAGCCUCCAAAAUUUCCCGAAAAGCCAUCAAUUAAGAUGGAUAAGGAGCGCGGUGAAGUAGUUGUAACUUGCAGAUUGGAAGGAAAGCCAAAGCCGGAACUUCUUUGGUUCCUGGGUGAUCAGGAAAUUAAUCAGAUCCCUGGAAAACGGUACUGGACGAUAGAUGAUCAACCGGAAGAUAUUUAUCUUAUCGAGAUGCGCAUUGUCUCUCCCAAACCGGAAGAUGCUGGGCAGUACAAAAUUACGGCAAAAAAUAACUUUGGUGAAAGCAAUGCAAAUAUCUCACUCAACUUCCAAGCACCCAAACAGCAUACUGGCUCUCCUCCCAUCUUUGAAGUACCUAAAGUUACGCGAGUCUCGGCAGGAAAAGACGUCCAUAUUACUUGUCAAUGCACCGGAGACCCAAUACCAAGCUUCAACUGGUUGCGCGGUCGGACAAACUUCCUGACAAAAGCGGGAAAGCAUGAGCUGAAGCUGAGUAAAGAGGGCAACUUUCACCUCUCGGAGCUGUGGAUUAAAGAUUGGCGUGACUCACUGACUAUACCGGUGGAACGUCUGGGAAUGUACCAAGUUAACAGUCCAUCUCUGGUACUUAUCAUGCAUACAGUGGUCUCCGGACUAGCGAUUGAUGAAGUUGUUGUGAAGCACGACAAGGCAAACCGAAGGGCUGUGAUGGAGGUGAAAUUCGAGUCUGGAUCACGGCCCACCUCAAUUUGGUCUUUAGGAGGGAAGGAAUUAAAGUCGGGAGGUCGCUAUUUCAUCGAUGUGGCUCGAGAGGAUAACCAUUUUGUCGCAAUACUCGAGAUAGACGAGGCAAGUGUGACCGAAAAGGACAAUGGUGCUUAUAUAUGUGAUAUUUCAAAUGAUAUUGGAAACCUCAAAAAAACAGUCAACUUGAAGAUUGAAGAAUAG